CUAUGGUAGUAAUGCCGAUGCCUCKKGAGAUACGACAGCAACAACYAGUAGAUACCAACCUCUCCGGUAGGAAAACAAUAACAGAAAACAAUCAGUUUCAAAUAUGGUCAAACGAGCCUCAUUCGAGGACCGCGGAGGAGGCGGYGGUGACAAGCGUCGCAAAAGCAACGACGGCCGGGCGAUAAAUCGCAGCUCCGGAGGCAGCGACGGAAGCAGCGUGUUCGUAGGAAACCUGAAGUAUGAAACAGCAUGGCAAGCCCUGAAGGAUCACAUGCGCCGUGCGGGAAAUGUCGAUUCGGCCAAUAUCUUGCAGGCACCAAACGGCCGCAGCAAGGGCUGCGCCAUCGUAACCUACCAGCAUCCCAGAGAAGCCAAACGCGCCAUCCAGGAACUCAACGAAAGCGAACUCGAGGGACGAACCAUUUUCGUUCAGCCUGACAAUGGAAACCCCCGUGACAAUCGCGAUCGCACCAACGAUUCGGCGCAUUCUAUGGAUUACGGUGUGUUUGUAGGGAAUUUGCCGUUUGAGUGUUCAUGGCAGGCACUCAAAGAUUUUUUCAAAUCCUGUGGUCCCAUCGAGAGAGCUGAAGUAAUGGAGGAUCCAAAAACGGGACGAAAAAAAGGAUUUGGUUUGGUUUAUUUUGCUACGGAACGAGCAAUGGAAAACGCGAUCAACAAGUUCAACGGAAGAGACUUCCAGGGACGAACUCUGGAAGUCCGCAAGGACAAGAAGUCGUCGUCGCAUACCAAAAUCGACAACGGUACCUCCAGCGAAGCUGGUGGAUUCAGAAUAUUUGUUGGAAACCUGGAUUUCGAUUGUUCGUGGAGAGACCUGAAGGAYUUUGCUCAAAGACAAUGUGGACGGGUGGAACACGCAGAUAUCCCAAAGCGCGGCUGGGGCAUAGUCACAUUUGCCACUCAUCGCGAUGGAGCCGAGGCGAUACGCCGAUUGGACGGACUUAUGUUUCAGGAUCGAAGAUUGGAAGUCCGCUGGGAUCGCGACAGCAGUAACAGAGAAGAUCGCCCCAGUUCGUCGUCGUCUUCGUCCUCGAAACAGCUCUACGUUGGGAAUCUCACUUAUGAUUGCACGUGGCAAAAUCUGAAAGACGCUUUCAAACGUUUCGGAGCCGUAUCUCAUGCAGAAGUGUGCGAAACUGCUAGUGGAAAAACUACCGGGUUUGGAAUUGUCGCCUUUGUCAAGCCAAACUGUGCAGAGCGAGCCAUGAACGCCAUGGAUGGUACCGAUUUUCAGGGGCGAAAGCUGUCUGUUCGAUGGGAUCGCAAACCGGAGAAGUUGGAAGCCGAGAAGAGUGGCAACCCAAACAAUGCCAGACGCGAGCAAAAACGUCAAAGUGCACCAGUGUCUCAAAACAACGAGAACGGCAGCGGCAACGGCAGCGACACUGGUAUGGAAAUGGAAGGAAACCCACUUGACAGGGCGCUUUCUAGUGGAAGAUGAGCACCAAAAUUUAUCCAUUUGCAUAUUGCUGCCAUCCGUGUUUCAGUUAAUGGGGGUGUCGCAGGUCAUGAAUUUACUUUGAAACACUCCAAAUAUAUAAGAUAUCGCUAAAAGGUGUAGACUUGUCACAAAGGUACCGCUGACCUAAGCCAAACAAAACAAWACAAAAGGAGGUACAAGAAGAAUAGGUGAAAAUCUAUACAAACAAUCAGAAACAUUAAAAUACUGUACAAUCU